UAUAGAUUUGUUUUUAUCAAGGGACACAACUCCUGAUUUUCAGAAGACUUCUGAGGCGGCAAUUCCAAAUUUAUCAAUAUGUGAAGUUUUCUUCAUGGACUGGCUUCACUGCAAUCUCUGUUUCUUGCAACCUGGAAAUGGCCUCAAGUUUUUCUUAACAAGUUGUGGUCACAUAUACUGUGCCAACUGUGUCAAUGCAGGCACUAAGGACAAGUGCAAAAUGUGUGCUGCCAAAUGUUCCACUAUUCCGCUGACCGGGAAGCUGAAAGCAGAUGUUGAAGUGUUCUUCACAGACCCAAUGGAUCUUUUGAAGAAAUACCAAAAACAGGUCACACAGGUUUUUGACUUUCAGAAAAAUCACAGAAAAAGACUUAUGUCACACAUUCGUGAUAAACUGCUGAAGCAGGACGAACAUGCAAGAAAAACUGAGAAGUAUGGAAUGUCAAUUCAGAAUCUAGAAAGAGAAAUAAUUAAACUGAGAGAAGAAAAUUCAUAUUUAAAACGCUUGAUAUCUGAAAAGGGUCUAGGAAGUCAUUCAAGACAGGGAACGCCUGCUAAACUUUCAUCACCUGUGCACCGAGCCUCACCUGGAAUAUCUCCACUGCCGUAUCUUAACAGAAUCAACUCAGCUUUGCAGUUACAGUUCGGCUCUCAGGUUGGUGGAAACACACCACCAUGUUCUAUAGCACCUGGUAGAGUGUCUGUUCGGACACCACCCUGUAGUGGAAGAAUUGGAACUACUCGUGCAACUCCGGUACACAUGGAUACGCAGCAAAAUACACCUCUGUCUGUUCCACAUCCUAUUAAUUUUGCAACUCCUUCUCCAUCGAGACCCGGCAUCAGGUAACAGAAAUUCUGUGAGAUCUACUCCCAACCCAAGUGUCAGAGACAGCGAGAGCGAGAGCUAGCAAUAUUUUGCAACUUGAUAUUCAUUCAUUGAUGUCAAAUAAAGUUUGUUACAUA